CUUCGUCUUCCAUCUUGCGUAGUCGGAGCUCGGAACUUCACGAUGGAGUGCCGCAAGGGUCGACGGAAAGGUCUACUCAGUGGCCUGGUGUUUGCGUGGCUCCUAACCAGCGGUUGUACCGUCGCGGCGCGAAAUAUAGAUAGGUACGACACCGCGUACGCCUGCGAAGGCAAAACACUGUGGAUCGAGUGCGGCGAGGGGAAGCUGAUCCACCUCAUAAGAGCGAAUUAUGGAAGGUUCUCGAUAACGAUAUGCAACGAGCACGGGAACACCGAGUGGAGCGUCAACUGCAUGUCACCCAAGUCUUUCCGGGUGCUGAACAACGAGUGCAACGACCAGCAGAACUGCAGCAUUGUUGCAUCGACGCUGCAAUUCGGCGAUCCCUGUCCCAACACGCACAAGUACCUCGAGGCGCAUUAUCGUUGCCUGUCCGCGGCAACAACCACGAUAACGUCCCGUCCGAGUCCGCCGUGGUUCAUGACUUCUCAGCCGAGCGUUUGGAGCACAGCUAAGCCGACUGUCAGGCCUCCCUCGAGGAUUACGACACCCCCGGCUCAACAGCCGCCGCAGCCGCCAGCACCGUCCACCCCGGCGCUCCCAAUAACCACCACGCCAAGUUCCACGUCGUCGUCGGUCGAUAUGGUGUUCGUGGUGGACCAAGACUUAAUAUCUCCUGCAAAUGUUCCGUCUGCGAAUGGACCAGCAGUGCCUCCGAUCGUUCCUGAAACCACUCCGGCCACAACCACGUCGACCUUUGCUCCUUGGAGAACGAGUCGAAGGACCACUGUGCCGAGCACGCUGUACCCAGAGUCCAGCUCGAAUGGCCAAUGGUACGACUACGGUAGACAAGUGUGUCCCCCGGUGAUAGCCAGGAACCUGUCGUGGAACACGACCAGAGCCGGCGACGUGGCUGUUCAGAGUUGUCCAGGCGGUGCCAACGGUUUGGCGCGCUGGAGGUGCCGUGGCAGAGGAGACACGGCUUUCUGGCAUCGGGACAGUCCGGAUCUGAGCGAGUGCCGCUCCGUUUGGCUCACCACGCUCGAGAACCGAGUGACAGAGGGCGACGUGAUCCUUGGAAUCAGUCGAGAGCUGUCGCAGGUGACAAACAACAGCAGAGGUCUCUACGGUGGCGACAUGAUGAUCACGACCAAGAUCAUAAAGAACAUGGCGGAGAAAAUGGCACAGGACAUAAGGACGUACCAGGACUCGAAUCAGAGGGAGGUCAGCGUGACCGAGCUGCUGCAAGGUGUCGUGAGGACAGGGAGCAACCUGCUGGACAAGGCUCAAAUGGCCUCCUGGAAGGAUCUUAGCCACCAGGAACAGAUGAGAGUCGCGACCUCCUUAUUGAUCGGGCUCGAGGAGAACGCGUUUUUGUUAGCCGACACGCUGAUGCACGAGAAAACGAUCACUCACGAGGGAAGGAAUAUACUAAUGGAAGUGCGGGUAUUGGAUGCCCGGAACAUCGGUGACGAUUUAGAGGUGUUCCCAACGGAGGCUGCUCAACAGAGGUGGACAGCGUCGAACGAUCGUGUCGAGUUAACCAGAGGAGCUUUACUGGAGAACAGCGAGGGUGGUAUUGUCCGUUUGGUCUUCAUGGCCUUUGACAGGCUCGAGGAGAUCCUGCAGCCGCAAGCCGAGGUAUCAUCGUUGGUCAUGAACGACGAGCCACAGCCAUUGCCGAAAAGGAACACGACCAGGCUUCUAAAUAGCAAAGUGAUCUCCGCGUCUCUGGGCAAAGGAAGGCACAUACAGCUCAGCGAGCCCGUCAGGGUCUACUUCAAGCAUCUGUCCAUUGAGAACGUCACCAAUCCAACCUGCGUAUUCUGGGAUUACAUCUUGAGUGCUUGGUCGGAGGAGGGUUGCGAGAUACGGAAGACCAACGAGACUCAUACCGUCUGCGAGUGCAAUCAUCUUACUAAUUUUGCCGUUCUAAUGGACGUUCACGCUGUUAGACUGGAUAUCGCUCACCAGGUCGCGUUACAAAUCAUCACGUAUAUCGGAUGCAUCAUUUCCGUGGUUUGCCUGGUUCUAGCAAUUUUGACCUUUCAAUUAUUUCGCGGACUGAAGUCGGACAGAACGACCAUCCACAAGAAUCUCUGCGUGUGCCUGUUGAUAGCGGAAAUUUUAUUCGUUUGUGGAAUCGGACAAACGAACCAAAGAAUUGUCUGCGGUAUCGUCGCCGGAUUAUUGCACUUCUUUUUCCUUUGCGCGUUCGCCUGGAUGUUCCUUGAAGGUUUCCAAUUAUACGUAAUGCUGAUCGAAGUGUUCGAAGCGGAGAAAUCAAGGUUACGCUGGUAUUAUCUGGUCGCUUACGGUGCCCCGUUGCUGGUCGUUGCCAUCUCUUGUAUAAUCGAUCCCCUCAGUUAUGGCACCGAUCGGUAUUGCUGGCUACGAGCGGACAACUACUUCAUCUUCAGCUUCGUUGGACCAGUGAUACUCGUUAUACUGGCAAACUUGGUAUUCCUGUCGAUGGCUAUUUACAUGAUGUGCCGGCACGCAAACACGACCGUAGCGAUGAAGAGUAAGGAGCACUCUCGAUUGGCCAGUGCAAGGGCAUGGCUGAGAGGAGCGAUCGUCCUGGUCUUCCUGCUGGGACUCACCUGGACCUUCGGGCUUCUCUACUUGAACCAAGAAUCCGUCGUGAUGGCGUACAUCUUCACCAUAUUGAAUAGUCUGCAGGGGCUGUUUAUCUUUGUGUUCCAUUGCGUUCAGAACGAGAAGGUGAGGAAGGAAUACAGGAAGUUCGUGCGCCGCCACUCCUGGCUGCCCAAGUGCCUGAGGUGCUCGAAGACGGUGGCCGGAAGCUCCGGCGGCUCUUCCGGUACCAGCGGCGGCGCCGGUGGCGCUAACGGCGGCAAGGACUUCACUUCUCACAACACCUCGUCGAACCCUUCGGCGCCUACGACCGACAGCUCCGGAUUGUCGCCGCACGCCGCCUCCAAUUACUUGGCGUCCGGUCGAAGCUGGGCGAUUGUCGAUAGGCAGCCGGCAGUAACAGUGCCACGUGAAUCCUCUCCAACAGAGGCUCACAUCGUGGCCACCCUGCCGUACGCCCGUCACGCCUUCUUACCCUCAGCUCCCAAUAUCCCCAAAUCUGCCACCGCCACUUGGGGCCACCUUAACAAAAACCUCAUGUGGAAGAACAUUUCUUUUAAAUCGUAUUCCCGUGACUCCGGCCACGGCGGCUCUGAGCAAGAAGACUCGCCUAGGACGCACAACACCCUGACCCUGGGCCAUUCCGGACGUAACCGCGGUGCCAGAGGAAUGAACGAGAGCAACGAGAUCAGCGGCAACAGGACCACCGGUGGAGGCGGCGGUGGCGGCGGUAGAAGGGCCGCCAUGCCGUACAAGCACAAGUACACCGAGAUCAUCGACGGUCGUGCCAACGGACCGGGACAUCAUCAGCUGCACGCUCAUCACGGCCAACACGUGCACCUUCCGCGAGAUCUGACGAACGAGGACGAACCAGUUUACGAGGAGAUCGAACGCGGCGGCGGUGGCGGAGGCGGCGAGAUUCAAGUGUCGGACAUGUCCGACGAGGACGGCAGAAGGCAGAGCGACAUGAGCAGACAAUCGUCGAGAAGUUACGGCGAUCACAGGCCGUUGAUCCCGUACUCCCCGGCCACCGACAGGAACCUGGUGCAUUACGGGCAAACCUUAACGGACCGCGGCGGCGGCGGCGGCGGCGGCGGUGGCGGCGGUGGAAAUAUGCAUUGCGACGCGUCCGAGUACAGCCCCGCGUUCGAGAGAACCCUCAACACUUGCUGGGAGAAGCUACGAAAGCAGCAGCAGCAGGCAUGGUACGAGCGUGGCGAGCUGCCUCGACUUCCGGCCAGUUACGGCAUCCCGCCUCAGCCAGAUCACACGAGAACGGUGGCGGUUCUAGACGGGCACACGGUCGUCUGUCAUCUGCAGCCGCAGACGGACAUGUACACCGGCCGUGGAAUGCCACCGCCUUCCUACAGCGAGUGUUAGGACGCCCUCGGUCAGGGAAGGAUCUUGUCGUCCUCUUCGUCUUCCUGCACGAGGACGAUGGAUGCGCUCCUCGCUGUCGAGACGCCGCGACGUCUCGUGGCUCCCAUCCACGAGGCAACGAUCCAAUGGAACGCAUCGUCGGUGAACGUUGUUACAGGAUCGCGUCCUCGGCACGCGGCCGCCAGGGUUCGAGACGGUUCGUCGACGCCGAUCGCCAUCGCCGUGGUUUCCCGUUUAACGCGACGACCGCGUGAUUCGUUGCUGAACGGAAGCCACGAUUCCGGAACAACCGACGCGUCUCGAGCUACGUUCUCAGUCGGAUGAACGAGGUGCGAACGAACGAGGGCAACGCGUUUCUCUAGCUCAAACGUAAAAACGCGACUGGUCGACCAGCACCUCGACGAUUGCCGCGUUUCUUAGCCAUAAAGCGGGGGCCAGUCACGAGGAUGGCCCCGCGACUCUCCUUUGUUUCUGUUUCUGUUUCUGUUUCUGUUUCUUCGGGAAUCGCGUGCACCCACCACGGCGGGGGGUGUCCACGCCAACGGACGUGUCUGUCGUCUCCAGUUCUAGAACCGUGCGAGUGUGUGAUGGAACGCCAAGGAUCUGUGUACGAUAGGCGUGAAUUAUCGAAUCGAAACGCAAAAUCGGACCUCUUGUUGAAGUUGAUCGAUCGUCGUUGUACCGUCGAAGCUAUGCUCGGCUUUGGGAUUGGCUCAUUGGCAAUGAGAGUGGCGGAAUAUAUGUACGAUGUCGUGCGGAGAACGAUAAAACGUGACGAGUCCUCUUAGGUUACUAAGAUUUUGCUAGGAGAACGCGCUCGCGGAGCUCGGUUUCGAGGCACACACGCGUGCGUAUUGUCAACGACUCGAACGAGAGGUGAUCGUUGUGUACGCUCGCAAUGCUAUCGGAGCAAACUUAUUUCCUCGCGUUCUUCGGCACGAUCCUCUCGUUCGCGGUCGAUCUUGCCCUCGAAGCUGGUCCUCGUGCGCGUUGGAAGAUCGAGGAACACCAUUUCCUCGACCACGAUCUCGUCGAUGCUCGCUUUGCUCGUUAACGAAAAUGAUUCGAGGAUAAUACGAAACACAUAACAGACAUAUCGAGAUGGAUGGAAGAAACGGUUGGGCCACGAGGGCGUAGAGAUCGUUCGUUAACGAGCCCUGCAUCGACGAGAAUUCGAUUUGAAUCCCCGAAGGGAAUCGGCGACGACUCGAUAAAGGAAUCUGAAGCCCCCGUGUUUCCUUUCAAGCGUCUCGACUUUCAUCGGACCGGGGAGAACACAGCGUUCAGCGACGUAUCGCAGGAUUGCUGAUCGAUAUCGACCUCGCCACGGAACGUAGAAGAAAACUAAAGUUACUUAAUAAUCGAUCGACGCUUACUUCGACUAAUCAUUAUCGCGUUGCAUUAGUGGUCGCAUCGUAGAGUUACUUCUAUAAAGUCGUCAGACUGCUUUCGUGCAAAUUUUUGCGACACCACUCGUGUGGUCGGAAGGCGGCGGUUUCUUCGCGAGACGAAGAUCUUCGAGUUCCGGAGUAGGAAGGAACGCGCGUCCAUAUUCGAGCGAGUUUCGAUGAUUAAAGAAUUGAAAUUUCCUUGCAAAGGAAAGUAGAACCGCGGUUUGAAGUACCUUUAUCGGUCGUCCCAGCCAGCUCCUCACUGUACAUUGCUUUGGAACGUUACGUUUUAGU